ACUCCUCACAAUUACAACAUUUUGUCCAUCCACCUUAUCAGCAGAGGAGACUCUAUUCCGACACUACAAGUGGCUAUCUUCCACCUGUCCCAAUAUGUCGGACGACGAUGAUUUCAUGCAGGACUCUGGGGAUGAGGACUAUGACUUCGAAUACGAGGGCUCAGACGAUGACGAUUCUGGCGAUAUUGGCAUUGAGAAUAAAUAUUACAACGCAAAACAGAUAAAAGCAGAUAAUCCCGAAGAAGCUAUCGAUGAGUUCUUGGGUGUUCCAGCUUUGGAGCAAGAUAAAGGUGACUGGGGCUUCAAGGGUCUAAAACAAGCGAUCAAACUCGAAUUCAAGCUUGGUCGAUACGAUGAUGCAAUCGAACACUACCGCGAGCUCUUGACGUAUGUUAAAUCGGCCGUCACGCGAAACUACUCGGAAAAGUCGAUCAACAACAUGCUUGAUUUUAUAGAGAAAGGCUCAGAUGAUGAAAAAGCAUAUCAUUGUAUGGAGGAGUUCUAUCGAUUGACACUCAAGACAUUUCAAAACACAAACAACGAACGUCUUUGGCUCAAGACAAAUAUCAAAUUGGCGAGGCUGUGGCUGGAACGCAGAGAAUUUACACAACUCACCAAGAAGCUACGCGAAUUACAUCGAGCAUGUCAACGUGAAGACGGUACGGACGAUCCCAGCAAGGGAACUUAUUCGCUUGAAGUCUACGCUCUCGAGAUCCAGAUGUACGCGGAAACGAAAAAUAAUAAACGACUCAAAGCACUCUACGAGCGAGCAUUGCGCGUACGAUCUGCUGUUCCACAUCCGAAGAUCAUGGGUAUCAUUCGCGAAUGUGGCGGCAAAAUGCAUAUGAGCGAGGAGAACUGGGAACAAGCACAGAGUGAUUUCUUCGAAUCGUUCCGUAACUACGACGAAGCGGGAUCCAUGCAACGAAUCCAGGUUUUGAAAUACCUAGUGUUGACUACGAUGCUUAUGAAAUCAGACAUCAACCCCUUCGAUUCUCAAGAGACCAAACCAUACAAGAACGAUCCACGGAUAUCGGCAAUGACAGACCUUGUUGAUGCGUAUCAACGAGAUGACAUACAUACAUACGAAGAUAUUCUACGGAAGAACCAGGAUGUAUUGGCUGAUCCGUUCAUUGCCGAGAAUAUUGACGAAGUCAGUCGCAACAUGCGCACAAAGGCUGUCAUCAAACUCAUCGCACCCUACACCCGAUUCACGCUGAGCUUCAUAUCAAGACAGAUCAAGAUUUCCGUCUCUGAAGUGCAAGAGAUUCUAGGAUUUUUGAUCAUGGACAAAAAACUAAACGCCAAAAUCGACCAAGAGAAUGGAACAGUCCUAGUCGAAAGCGCCAGCGACUCCGAACGUCUCCAGGCAGUCCGUGAAUGGUCCUCAUCGUUGAAGGUCCUCUGGCGCUCAGCGCUGAACGACGGCGAAGGGUUCAGGGUUGAUGAAUCGUCCCUCUCACAAAUGGGACCCAUGCACUCUUCAUUUCAGGCCGCGGCAGCAGCAGGAUUCGGCGAUGAAACUCACUCAGUGGGUAAAGGGCGAGGAUGGAGGGGUAGGGCAGGAUUUCAUGGCAGAGUGGCAGCUUAGUAGAACUCGGUUUUCCUGCUACGUGCGAUGAUACGCGUUGAUGAAAGCAUGAUAGAUGAAUAAUGAAUGGCACUACUUGCGUAUGAGCAUACACCUUUCAGCAUAUGCAGUGUCGAGUAGCAGUACGUAGAAUCGGAAAUACUACUCGAAUCCUCCACCCU